AUUAUGUAACCCAAUCAAACAAAAAGAAGUCAGAUCAAGAACGUGUCACCACACAAAUGGCGCUUACAAAGAAGACAGAUCAAGAACCUUCUCAUGAUUUCAUUUUCCGAUCCAUACUUCCCGAUAUCUCCAUUCCCAAUCACCUUCCUCUCACUGAUUACGUCUUUCAGAGAUUCUCGGGCAACCGCGACGGCGACUCUACCGCAACUUGUCUCAUCGACAGUGCCACCGGACGUGUUUUUACCUACGCCGAUGUACAAAUCAAUUCACGGCGGAUCGCCGCCGGAAUCCACCGUCUUGGGAUCUGCCACCGUGACACGGUGAUGCUCCUUCUCCCGAACUCGCCUGAGUUUGCUCUCUCCUUCCUCGCUGUCGCUUACCUCGGAGCCGUUUCCACCGCCGCGAAUCCGUUCUACACAGAGGCUGAGAUCUCAAAACAGGCAAAAGCCUCCGCCGCGAAGAUGAUCAUUACGAAGCGAUGUUACGUCGAUAAACUAACAAACCUUGAAAACGUUUCGAUCGUUACCGUAGAUGACGGAGACGACGCCGUUUCGUUACCUGACGGUUGCGUGAGCUUCACGGAACUAACUCAGGCGGACGAAACAGAGCUUCCUAAACCGGAGAUCUUGCCGGAGGACACGGUGGCGAUUCCUUACUCCUCGGGGACCACGGGGCUUCCAAAGGGAGUCAUGAUUACUCACAAAGGUUUAGUUACGAGUAUUGCUCAGAAAGUUGACGGAGAAAACCCUAAUCUCAACUUCACCGGAGAUGACGUCAUCAUCUGUUUUCUCCCAAUGUUUCACACUUACGCGUUUAACUCGUUAAUUAUGUCGGCGAUGAGGACCGGUGCGGCGAUCUUGAUCGUGGCAAGGUUCGAGUUAAAUCUGGUGAUGGAGCUGAUUCAGAAGUACAAAGUCACGGUGGUUCCCGUGGCUCCUCCGGUGCUUUUAGCGUUUGCUAAGUCCCCCGAAACUGAGAGAUAUGAUUUAAGUUCCGUGAGGAUGAUGAUUUCAGCAGCGGCGACGCUCAGGAAGGAGCUUGAAGACACCGUGCGACUCAAGUUUCCCAAUGCUAUAUUAGCUCAGUGUUAUGGAAUGACUGAGGCAGGAACAGUGGCGAAGUCAUUGGCAUUUGCAAAGAAAUCACUUAAGACCAAAUCUGGUUCGUGCGGUACUGUGAUCAGAAACGCUGAGAUGAAAGUUGUCGAUACCAUUACCGGAGUCUCCUUACCCCGCAAUAAAUCUGGCGAAAUCUGCAUCCGGGGCGAUCAACUCAUGAAGGGUUAUUUGAAUGAUCCGGAGGCUACUGCGCAAACCAUAGAUAAAGACGGGUGGUUACACACGGGAGACAUUGGGUUUGUGGAUGAUGACGAUGAGAUCUUCAUUGUUGAUCGUUUGAAGGAACUGAUCAAAUUCAAAGGCUAUCAAGUGGCUCCAGCUGAGCUUGAAGCAUUGCUUAUUUCUCAUCCUAAUAUCGAGGAUGCUGCAGUUGUCGCAAUGAAGGAUGAAGUAGCUGAUGAGGUCCCCGUAACGUUUGUAGUUAGAUCGAAAGGGUCUCAGCUAACCGAAGAUGAGGUCAAGAGUUAUGUCAACAAAAAGGUGGUUCACUACAAGCGAAUCAAGAUGGUGUUUUUCACUGACUCCAUUCCUAAAGCUCCAUCGGGGAAGAUAUUGAGGAAGAAUCUUAGAGCAAGACUUGCAAAUGGAUUGAUGAACUAAGUUAAAAUGAUCAAAAUGCGUACAUACACAUUCUUGUAAUCUUAUCAGAAGCACAAACAAAAUGUUUGUUGAUGAACAAAGGAAAAAAAAACUUACAGGACGAUGUUGCGUUCUUGAUGGUGAAUAAUAAUGGUUGUUUUUUUCUU